AUGGCGCGCGCGGAUAAGUGCCUGUGAGAAUUGCUGCGUAACCGAUAAGGCCAGGUAUCAGCUGACGCUGACAAUUCGCGGCGAGACGGUAGGGGCCACAUGAACGCGCGAUUCGGUAACGCGUAGUCUUAUCGGGAUAUCAGAUCAUCGGAUCUGAAAGCACCAGCUGAAAGAAAACGCUGUCGUUUCCGUUGUCACGUGGAAUUAAACGCUGGCAUCCGAACACUCAUAUCAGUUAGAUGACGGCGCGGCGCCGUGGGUUGACAGGUCAUGGGGGCCUGUCUCGGCCACUGCUUAGCGAGAAUCACAGACUCCGUAUCGUACAGAUUCUAUCGAAGGCAUACCAGAAUGCCUUGUCAAGAAGAAGAACAAGCUGAGUUCAUGGAUGCUGAAGAACAUGAAGACCAAACUAAAAGAUCAAAAAGUCUGUUAUCAUUUCUCUCUUUAAAAAGAUUCAAGAAAAAGCAUGGGGUUCCAGUGACUUUAGAAUUAUUGGAAGAUGGAGGAUGGUCACGAAGUGGUAAUAAGUAUGCCAGAUUGAGUUCUAGAAAUGAUGUUUCUACAAGCUCUGGAUUGGAUACAUCACUUCAAGUUCUCGAUGCAAGAACAUUAAUAAAACAACAGACUUAUGUUUCUUCUACUCCAGGAUCAUCGCUUGAUCUUGAGUGGGAACAUGAAGGNAUGCCUCUACCAAUACUGAAUAAUAGGAAAGAAAAUACAGAGAAUUCUUUAACACAGACAUCAGUUAAUAAUAGUCAACCAUCUAGCUUGACAUCAUCUCCUUGGUCCAGAGUUUCAAGCCCGAAUAGUUUAGAGUGGGAUCCAGUGGAACCAGAUAUGGUAUGUGUCGAUAUAGAAACUGAACAGCUUCUAACCGAGAUAGAAAGAUUAAGAGAUAGAGCUCUCAAAGAAACAGGCGAGUGGACUAACAUUAAUACUAGCUGAUAAACGAUUUAAUUGUAAUCAACGGAAUUGUUCGUAUUUUUGUAUUAUAAAAAUUCAUUAUACAGAUAAAAUAGAUGCCCUAUACUUUCAAAAGAUACAAAAAGAUAUUAUUUCGAUAUUACUAUUCUUGAAACAAUAUAACUGCAUUUAUAUCGUUUCAAAAAUAUGUACUUUUUGUACAACUUAGGAUAUAUGAUAAGCACAAAAAAUGACAAGAGAGAGAGAGGAUAUCUAUGUUGUGCAUAGCGUGUCUUUUUUAUAAUAAUCUAUAAUAUGGAAAAAAAAUUAUCAAGCUAUCAAAUUAAGAAAACUUUCUCGCAGUGUAUGCAUAUAUACAAUAUUUGUAUACAUAAAAUAUAUGUUUCUUGUUUUCAAUUUUAGAUAAAAUAUUUGCUUGCUUAAGAGUGGAAUUGAACUUUAUCAUAAACUUUAGAUACAUUAACGUUUUUAUUUUUGCUAUUACUUUACACAUAGCUUCCAUAUGACAAUAAAUUAUUUACAAACAAAAUGUGCCACAAUAUUCUUUAAAUUCUUUUGAUAUAUCUGUGCACUCAUAAUGAUUUAUUCCGAUAUGAGAUAAUAUAUGCAAAUAAUAAGUUGCUUAAAUUACACGCAAAUAUAUGUACAAAAGAUUCUAUUACAGCAUAUUUUCUAUAUGUGAUUUUCAAGUUAUCGUAAAAUGCUAUUGAAUCAAUUUAAAAGAUACAUACAGUUUAAAAUAUAUACACUUCAACAGAUCAAAUAAUUAAAAAUAUAGCAAACGUACAAAAAAAAAUUAUAUUUUAUUGUAAU